AUGAAUCUAAGCGGAGAAGCUGAGAAAUUAAUUAGACAUUUGACUGUUACAGAGUCAAAUUACAAUACAGCCUGGAAGAUUUUAAGUAACCGAUAUGACAAUAAAAGACUACUAAUAUCAAAUAUAUUAGAAAGGUUGCUUAAUCAAUCAAAUAUUACCAUUGGUUCAGCUAAACAAAUAAAAGCAAUGUUAGAUACAACACAAGAAUGCAUUAUGAUGCUGGAAAAUUUAGAAUUGAAAGUUUUUGAAAAUUGGGAUCCCAUUUUAUUACAUAUCCUCCUGAAAAAGUUAGAUAAAGACAGUCAUGCCCAAUAUGAACAGUCGUUGAAGUCACCAAAAGAAUUGCAGUCACUUAAAGGUUUUUUGAAAUUUAUGGAUUACAGAUUUCAAUCGAUGGAAGCAGUUGGUGUCAAACAAAUAAAUAAUAAUCAAAAAUGGGAAAAAGGUUCAUCCCAUAUAGCCGAAACAAAUAAUGAAAGAUGCACAAUAUGUAACAAAGCUCAUUCGAUCUACAAGUGUGAAAAAUUAUUGGGCAUGAAAUUAAUUGAAAGAGAAAUUGAAAUAAGAAAACAUAAACUAUGUUAUAACUGUUUAAAGAAAGGACAUAGUAUGAAUAAUUGCAGGUCAUUUGGAUGCAGAGUAUGCAAAAGAAAACAUAAUACGUUGCUGCAUAGAUAUAAAAAUAUUAAUAAAGAGACGAACGAAAAACAAGAACUAAAUUUAAAUAAAGAAGAAGCAUCAAAUAUGGCUGGAGUCUGUGAAGUAAAAUCCGAGAGAUAUGUGUUUCUAGGCACUGCUGUUAUAUCGGCCUUCAAAAAGAAUCAAGAAGCAAUUGAUUGUAGAGUAUUAUUAGACUCUGGAUCACAACUGAACUUCAUAUCAGAAAAAUUAAUGCGGCGUUUAGGUUUAGAUACCCAAAAUGAUAAAUUAAAUAUUUGUGGUAUCGGGAAAUCUAGCAUUUCAUCAACAAGCAGAGUAAAUAUCAAAAUUGCUUCAAAAACAGCAAAUUAUGAAAUAAAUAUAGAAGUCUAUGUUAUCAAAGAAAUUACAAGUUUACAACCACAGCGACAUAUAAAUAUUGCAGAAUGGCCUCUACAAAAUGUCGUUUUAUCAGACCCCAACUUUAAUGUACCAAGACGAAUAGAUAUGCUAUUGGGAGCUGAAAUGUAUGCAGAGUUCAUGAGAAAUGGCCAAAUUAAAAUAGGGCCUAAUUUACCAACAUUACAAAAAACCGUCUUUGGAUGGAUGGUUUUUGGAAAAAUGAAAUUGGACGAAUCAUUAAUCAAGUUUUGGAAUAUAGAAGAAGUUAGAGAUUCAGAAAAGCUACUUACUAAAUCAGAACAAUUGUGCGAAGAGCAUUUUAAAAACACAACUAGAAGAGAUAAAUCGGGAAGGUUUGAAGUCAGCUUGCCAAUUCUGGGUGAUUCAACAAUUCUAGGAGAAUCAAGAAGAAUAGCUUUCAGAAGGUUCUUAAAUAUAGAAGAGAAAUUAAGAAAAAAUCAGCAACUUAAAAUGCAGUAUACCGAAUUUAGGAAAGAAUAUGAAACGUUAGGACAUAUGGAGAAAGUCUCUGCUGAUGAUAUACCUAAAAAUCAUUAUUUUAUUCCACAUCAUUGUGUUCUUCGAGAAGAAAGUACAACAACAAAAUUAAGGGUAGUUUUCGAUGCGUCGUGCAAAACUACUUCAAACUUGUCGUUGAAUGACAUCAUGCUUAAAGGUCCAAACAUUCAAGACGAUCUUUUCGAUAUUCUAAUUAGGUUCACAACAUACAAAUACGUAAUUACGGCUGAUAUAAAGAAAAUGUAUCGGCAGAUAAAAGUCGCUGAACAAAAUCAGAAUUUACAAAUGAUAAUGUGGAGAAAUGAUCCAAAAGACAGCAUAAAUUAUUAUAAAUUGAAAACCGUUACAUAUGGUACGAGAGCUGCUCCAUACUUAGCAGUAAGAUGCCUAAAGCAAUUAGCAAAAGAUGAAAUGUUGAAAUACCCUGCUGCAGCUAAAAUUAUUGAUGAUUUUUACGUAGACGACAUUAUUACUGUGAUAAUUGCGAAACAUCCUAUUUUACUACCUGGCACUGAUUUUGUGUCAAAACUACUCAUGAAUUAG